CCAAGACGCUUGCUUACCUGGUUUUUUCCCUCCGAAAAUCGGGGUGUUCCAGUGUUUUUAAAAAUUAUUUAUCAUGUCCGCAACCUGCUGGUACCAGAGCAAACGAAUGCGUUUAGACGAUGGCUGUAAUAAUAAUUUAGACGAAUUAACGGAAGCUUCGAAGAACAAUAGCACGCAUUGGUCAUGUUCAGGUGACACGAGUCUUGUGGAGCCAGAAAUUUUGGAAGACAUGGGCGUCAGUAUGUUGGAAGAUGAGGAAAGCUGUGAGAGUGAUUUGAAAAAAAUCCGAACGGAGGAACCUUCACCAACACAUCCUAAAAUAAAUGGUGAAAUUCCUGUAAAGGAAAAUGGGGUUUACGCCAGUCAGGAUUCAGAACUGUACAGACAUUCCAGCUUUGAGGCAGUCACAGCCGAAAAGUACGAUAGGCUCGAGGACUUGAUAGAUUUGGAGGAUCCAACGAGUUUCUCAACUGCGGGGAAUGAAUCUGGAUAUGGUUCGAGGGCAGAGAUAGAAUGUCUUGGAGAAGUUAAGCAAAGUUUUCACAAGGACGAACAAAAUCUUACCGCGGACAAAAAUAGUUUAGAUUUACAAUUUGGCCUACGCAGAAGGAAAAAACCUUCGAUUGUAGGAGAGGAUAGAUUUAAUAAAUUAUCGGAUGAGAUGAUUCUGAUGAUCUUGAAGUGGCUUCCAAAGCAAUGUCUGCUGCGUUCCAUGUUGGUUUGUAAAAGGUGGUGCCAAAUAGCAAGGGACGAAGCCCUGUGGACGCGUUUGGAUUUGGGCAGUAAAGUAUUAAACGACGGAACUCUAGGACACAUAAUUCCACGAGGUGUUCACAUUUUAAGGCUAGCCCAGGCCGAAAUAGCUUCUCCAGUAUUCCAUCCAAAUAGUGAAGCCCUUUCCGAAAUCUAUACGAGUAAAUUGCAGUACUUGGAUCUCUCGAUGGCUGUUAUUUAUCCCCAAGACUUGGCAAUUUUGCUCUCAAAAUGUAGACUUUUAAAAAAAUUAUCCCUUGAAAAGUGCGUGUUAAACCGAUCAUGCUGUGCAGAGAUCAGUGAAAAUGUAGGCUUAGAAGUAUUAAAUUUGACCAUGUGCGAAGGGAUGAACAUUGAAUGUGUUCGUAGUUUAGUCAAGUUAAAACGAUUGAAUUCCUUGAAUCUGGCUUGGUGUUCUCUUGAUAAGGAAUGCAUGAGUCUUCUUUGUCAAUCAUUACCGUCGACCAUCACGCGGUUAAACGUUUCUGGAUGUCGGAAAACUCUCCUCGAUGAAAAUGUGAAGGAUUUGCUCAAGAGUUGUCCAGAUCUCGUGGAAUUGGAUCUGAGUGAUUGCACACUGCUCACAAUAAGUACAGUCCACAGUAUUUUAAAAUUCACACGUCUAGAGCACUUGUCCUUGAGUCGCUGUUACAGUAUUCCAACCUCGAUGUACAUCCGAUUAGCGUACAUGCCGUCGCUCAUGUAUCUGGACUUAUUCGGCCUGAUGACCGAUCAAAUACUGAAAACCUUCCAGAUUAAUUGCGAAGAGACGGAAAUUAACAAAUUCCUCUAUAGUUCCGUUGCGAGGCCUACCGUUGGCGUCCGAAGAACGAGCAUUUGGGGCCUUCGAGUCAGGGAUUGACUGAAUUUUCUACAGCGAAUAAUCUGAUUAGUAAGAAUCUGAAUAAUCACGGAAAUCGAUUUUUCAUUCAGAGGCUGAAAAUCCGGAAGAGCCGAAAUUGAAAAAAAAUGUGUAUAUUGAUACAAAAGCGGGAAAAUAAUUUCGAUUGGAUUUUCAGGAAUUGAAGAUACUGAUUUUUUUUUUAACAAGAAUUGCUUCCGGUUUCGUACUUUGAACGGUACUUUGAAAUUGGUGAUACAAUAAGUAUUACAGUUUGCGAAAUGAAGUAUCUUUUCAGUCCGAUUUUCUUCACAAUUUGUAAAUAGAAGUUGUAGUAUUGCACAGAGACUUGUUACUUUAAUUUUCCCUCCGAGGCUGUGCGUUAAAGAUACUUUAUUAUUAUUAUUUUUUUUUUUUUUUAAAUAGAUUUAUGUCAUCACUAUAUGUGUUCUAACUUGUCACAAAUUUAGCAAACUACUAAUACUUCCUGCCUGCCUAUCUAUUGAUAAAAAUCGAUUUAUUAAUUGUUCGAAAUUAUUAAUUUAUGAGUGAAGAUCAAGUCAAAGUGAGCGAGUUAGAACAUGAAGAAUCACAUUUAAUUUGCUGAUUAAUAAGAUUUUUAUAUAAUUAUUCGAAAGCAACUUCAGCAUCAUUGUUAAGAAAAUCUCAAUUUACUGAUAUGGAAUAAUUAAGCAAAUGUAUGAAUUUACCCUCUUGCUUAAUUGUGGAACUAGAAUAUUUUCUUUUUUUUUUUGUUUUUUCUUUUUCUUUCUUUCCUUGUUUUGCCUUACCGAGACGAUUAAAGAUGACAUUUUUUGUAGUCCCGUAGUCCCUAGUUUUACAAACGACGUUGCUCCAAAAGAAUUUUAUCCAUUGUGAUUUUCAUGAAGUACCAUAAUAUUAAAUGUAAGGUAAUGUUUUUUUUUUACAUUAUGAAGCGUUUUCAAUAAAAGAAUUAUGAGAAUGA